CGGAGUUUGUGAUCAACCUCAGAGAGCACCUGCACACGCCAUGUCAGAGACUGAGUCACAUAUAGAAAGAGAAGUAUCAAAAUUGGGGAAGAUCAUUUUUAGCCCCUGGACUGGUUCAAGCUGCCUUUGAAUAAUAUUGUGUGUAUAGCCUAAAAUCAAACAUACUGUUAAUGUGGAUUUUACUGUCUGUCUGUCUUAUUCCUACCCCCCUCCCCUCUCCAACCAACCGCCUGCCCUCUGUUGAAGUUGCGGAUUGACUCGAGAAAGUUGACGCGCAGGUGAGGAGGAGAUGGCAGGGAGAGAGAGUGGCCGGGCCGGACUUCCGCUUCAGCACCACCUCCCUGUGUUUCCACAACAUCCUAACUGGGCCACGGGUCUCCAUCGUCCACCAGGACCAGGCAGCAGGUUGCGCUUAGCCGUGCAGGUCAUUCAGUUGGCGCCAUCUGCUGGAUGGAACAGCGAACUGCUCUUGACAGAUGGGUUGAGUCGGACGAAAGAUGUGAGCGCUGUUAUCGAUUGUGGAGUGUGUGUGGGGUGGAUCAUGAGCCGCUUGCGGAGCCACUCCUGGAUUCAUGGCAGGGAUCGAGAGCCCGAGACUCUUGCAAGGCCCACUGUGGAGUCCAGGAGCUUGUGAGCUGAAGAGGUCAUCAUCAUCAUCAUCAUCAUCAUCGUCAUCAUCAUGGCCACCAGUAUCAUCAUCAAAAUCAUCAUCAUAACAAGUUGACCAUGCAAACCUGGGGCGCCGCGCGCCUUCUCAUCCGCGAUGCCCUUUUAUUGAUUGCGUCGCCUUCAUUUUUAAUUCGAUUGCGCAAGUGUCAAAAAUCCCGCAAGAACCAUCGCGGUAAUGAGAUAAUCAAAGUAAUAUAUGCAAAUCAGUUAUGUUGCCAUCUUAUCAAAGCCGGAGUGCCCCCCCCUUGAGUCUGAAGAAGUCCAUUUAUUCAGUUAGUGGCAAUACCUUGCGCAAAUGGCGCGAUGCAAAUGACAGUUGAUUAGACUAAAUUAAGAACCUCGUUUCUCCCUGACCUUGUCUGAGUUUUAUGUAAAUUCUUCAUCUUUUUUUUUUCUUCUUCUUGUUUCAAUGUGAAAAAAAAAAUGCAUUUUACACGUUGGCCCUUUCAAAAAGAAAAAAAAUCGGAACAAUGUUUUCCACGAAAGAAACAAUGGUCAGUCUCAAAUAACUGUCAACAGCUUGGAUGAUUCUCUUUCCUGUCCGUCUCUCUCUCUCUAUGUCGGUUUGUCUGUCUCUGAAAUCUCAGUGUAUCUCGACCCCGGUGCAACUCCCACAGGGACAGAGAGUGUGCCUGUGUAACUUCCUUGCUGUGGGGGAGUAUGCCGUGAAGGCGAAAGUGAGUGCAGUCGAGACUUCCUCUCCGUGGGGUGUUUGGGGCCUGUAGAUGGGAAAGGAAUAAAUCCAAUAUAGAUUGCAGGGCUGCGCUGCCUCCCGCUGGGGACCCUCAGACUUGCAGGCCAGGAUCGAAGUGCUUUUCUCCCCCUAAAUUGACCUGAGAGGAGCAGGAGCGGCCAAGCUACACCCCCCAACGCUGGGUCUGCCUAAGACCUAAUGGUGGUGCUGGGAUGCCCCGCUGCUGCGUCACGGAGCCUGUCAAUGCUUAAUUAAAACCAUACUGAGGACCGCGAGAGAGAAGUUUGAACCGACACCACAAUGUCUGGACUCAAGUACCUAAGCGGUUUUGGGAACGAGUUGUCCUCUGAAGACCCUCGCUGUCCUGGGUCGUUACCUGAGGGACAGAACAAUCCCCAGGUGUGUCCCUACGGCCUCUAUGCAGAGCAGCUCUCUGGCUCUGCUUUCACCUGCCCACGACCAGCCAACAAGAGGAGCUGGUUUUACCGCAUCCUCCCAUCCGUCAAACAUAAGCCUUUCACCGCGGCGCCGUGUGGGAAUCUAUCAGAGAACUGGGAUGAAGUGGAGCCUGAUCCCAACCAGCUGCGAUGGCUGCCUUUCACCAUCCCCAGACCGACAGAGAAGAAAGUGGAUUUCGUGGCUGGUCUGCACACUGUCUGUGGUGCGGGGGAUGCCAGAUCUCGCAAUGGCAUUGGCAUCCACGUGUACACUUGCAACACUUCCAUGGUUGACAGGUGCUUCAACAACUCAGAUGGAGACUUUCUGAUUGUCCCCCAGCAGGGUGAGAUCUUGAUCACCACAGAGUUUGGGAAGAUGAUGGUGGAGCCGAACGAGAUCUGUGUCAUCCAGCAAGGGAUGCGCUUCAGUGUGGAUGUGUUCGGACAAACCCGAGGUUAUAUACUGGAGGUGUACGGAGCCCACUUUGAGCUCCCUGACCUGGGACCCAUAGGAGCCAAUGGUCUGGCCAACCCAAGAGAUUUCCUGUGUCCGGUUGCCUGGUAUGAAGAUCGCCAAGUGGCCACAGGCUUCACCGUCAUCAACAAGUACCAGGGGAAGCUCUUUGCCUGCCAACAGGAUUUCUCUCCUUUCAACGUGGUCGCCUGGCACGGCAACUACACACCUUACAAGUACAACCUGGAGAACUUCAUGGUUAUCAACUGUGUGGCCUUCGACCAUGCGGAUCCGUCCAUCUUCACCGUGCUGACUGCCAAAUCCACGCGACCCGGCGUGGCCAUUGCCGACUUUGUCAUCUUCCCCCCGCGGUGGGGUGUGGCUGACCGCACCUUCCGUCCGCCGUACUAUCACCGUAACUGCAUGAGCGAAUUCAUGGGUCUGAUCAAAGGCCACUACGAGGCCAAAGAGGAGGGUUUCCAGCCGGGAGGGGCCAGCCUCCACAGCAUCAUGACUCCGCACGGUCCGGACGGCGAAUGCUUUGAGAAGUGCAGCACUGCCGAGCUCAAACCCGAGAGGGUGGCCGAGGGCACCAUGGCUUUCAUGUUCGAGUCCUCCUUCAGCAUGGCAGUGACCAAGUGGGGUCUGCAGACUUGUCAGAGGCUCGACAAGAGCUACUACCAAUGCUGGGAAACUCUCCGCAGCCACUUUGACCCCAACUGGAAGCCCAGUAAAAAGUAGACGCACAAAGUGAAAAGAGAAUUUUUCUAAAUACAGUUUUUAAAACGAAGAUAUAAGCCCCAAUUCAACUUUCUUGAAUGUAACAACCAAGCCAUCCAAUUUCUGGAACUUGGCUUUCUUUGUGCGAUUUGAUCAUGUUUAUUGAUUGAAAAUACAGAAGGAAUGAAGUAUGCCACGUCAUUUAGACAUUUAUUUUACACAAACAACUAUGAUUGGGAUCGCACAUUACAAAAAACCUGUGCUGUUUGUUAUGCUUGAGUAAAAUGGGCUGCAUAAAUUGUUCCUGCAUGCGUUUAUGUAGUAUCUCUUUCGCUUUAGCAAUUAAAAUUAUAGAUUGGAGAUGUAAUGAAAUAAACACCUUUGUAAAUUUAA